UCGACACUCAGUGAAAGCGCCUCCAGAAGGACGCCGUCCGCCCGAGUUCCCAGAAUGAGGUCGAGCACCGUGCUGAGCGCGGCCGCCCUGACGCUGGUCUUCCUGGCGGUCAAGUCGGGCCCCAUGCAAGCCCGGGCUGCCGUCAUCCUGCCGCUCAUUCUGGUCAAGAAACACCCGCUCAAGCACCUGAAGCUGAUCCCGGUGCCGCUGCCGCUGCCGCUGCCCAUUCCGAUCCCGAUCCACAAGCCGAAGCUGUUGCACCUGCUGCUGCCCAAGCUGCCGAGGAUCGGCAUCACGGUGCACCUGGGCAAGCACGGGCACCUACCGCUGCACCACCUGCGGCUGCACCACAAGCCCAAGCUGGUGCACGUGGACCACCACCACCACGAGCCGGAGUUCCACGCCAGUCACCACUCGUCCGAGGACGAGGUCUACGAGGUCAAGACGCCGCCGCAAUACCCCAACAAGGACUGGAAGUCCUAGGCGGGCUCAGUGCGGUUCACGGGGCAGCCGCUCAAGUUCCCCCGGAUGGACCAUGUGCCCACCCUCGUUCCUAACACAUCCGAAGGAUCUCGCCCAGGCCCGGUUCUUCGGAUUUCGGGAUAUUUCCUUUCAAGCGCCGGACCCGACUGCCCCGGAAGAUUGUAGCGCGCAAGCUCCGACAGCGCGAGUCUCCAGAGCGCCCGCGCGAUCUGUUUGGGGAGGCACGGACACGGGCUUCUUCCGGGCGCCUUCGGAGAACUCUCUCCGGGCUCUGCCGUCUGCGCGCGUGGCUCCCUUCUCCGGCGUCGCACGGUCGGAGUGGCAGGGGGUCUGACUAAUUCCCGGUGUCUGUCCAGGUGGCCUAAGCGGGCGUCGACCCCCGCGAGAGCCGCCGCUUCCCGUGGCGACAGUGGCCUCGCAUCGGCGGCGCACGCAUCCAGUCACUGCCCGAGGCCACUGAAGUACCCGUUCACGCGUACAGGCGCUUCCCUGGGAAAGUGGGCUCUGCUCGGGGCGCCACUCGGUCAGCCCGAAUGCUUUGGUUCACGUCUCUUUCUCUCAAGGCGCUCGAAGGUCUCGCGAUGUGCGCAGUGCUGUCGCGCCUGGUUCACACAUUUGCGUCGAUCGCGUUGCACUGCGUUGCGUCGUGCCGUGCCUCCCCAUUGGCUCGUCCUAGGUGUCGCCAUAGCAACCCGUACGCCUUUGCAGUUCCAUUCGGAAUCGCCCUUUAACGAAGCGCGCCAGUGGUUGCAGUCGCACUCGAACGCAACUCUGUGAACGAGCCUUAAAGGGACACUGGCACCCCCCAGAAAUUGUUUCUUUUUGCUAGGCGAUUCAUUAUGGCGUCAGAAGACUACCCAAUCAAUAUUUCGCUACAGCGUCACGUAUAAUUUUAGUGAAGCAAAAACCGCAAUUGCUCGAAACCGAAACCAAAACUGGUCUUGGGAGCAAGAAGAAAUAUAGAGGAGGAUAAAGUUACCGGAAACCACGUGGCUGUGCAACUUUCUUUUUCGUUUUAAUCAACGUAUUUGCAACUUCUCAGAAGCCACAAAAACGGGUGUCAUAUUUGUAGCCUAUUUUUAGUAUUGAGUGUGUGCCCACGACUUUGAUUAUCUUUGGAGGUUGUGUCUAAACCAUAGAAAACGGCACGUGAUCACGGAGAAGAGAGUGAGCGCGACUCAAGCCGGCCAGUUCUCGAUCGGCUGCUUUCGGGCGGAAAGAAAACGAAUUUGGAGCUGCAAGCUGUGUUCUGGGUAGUUGGGCUGUCAUAUGUCACGUAGAGAUAAAAACCUUGGCGAGCAUAAAUACCUCGUCAGUGUCCCUUUAACCCGUGAAGAUGCCUUCCGAGCGCGAAGAAGGCGUACUGCAGAGCUCUACGCAGAAGCGCCUUUACCGUCGCUGCAGCACUGCGCACAACAUGUAGCACCGAUCAUUUGGACACGUUCAUCCUUCGACGCGCUCGUGUUCGCGAAGCACUAUGGCGUCCAGCCCUGGCGCCAUGCGUGCAAGUGCGCACAGCCUGCACGGGAGAGGAACUUUGGCGGCAAUCUGACGCGUUCUUUCGCGAGCGGAAAGAGGGCAGCGGCCCGAUCAGCCCGCUCACCAGCGUCCGUAGUCGGGGGCGGGAAGGUCAGGGAGGUCUUUCGGGUCGUCCAGCAGCUCCGAUAACGUUUCGGCGUCUCGUGAGCUUCGGGCGUGGAGACCAAUGCACGGCGGAAGGCAAGGAGGCACACACGCCCUUCUGAUCCUCCGAGCGGCUUCACUCAAGUGCUCGAAAUUCAGCCCGCGUGUCUAUUCCGAGGGAACGAAGCUCGCGCGUGCUGAGCUUGAAAUCUGAGCGAUGGGCUGUGUAUAGACCUCUGCAUCGCUUAUCACCCGGGGAAAAAUGCUUAGUCACUGAGCUGGGGACGUAUACGCAGCGUCCGAUAUUCCGCACAAAAGAUGAACAGCGCAUGCUCAGAAGGCGUUCCACAAAGAUGGCAGGGCGCACAAGGCGAUUUUUGCGAAGCUCUCUAAUAGCGGACAGGGGAGCCGCUUAUAGCCAGGAACACUCGGCUUUGAAAGUUACUCCCAGCUUCUAGUGAAGACGAGACUCCCUCUUCCUCUCUGUGACGUCACGACCAGGAUCAUCAAUUGCCAAGGACUAUUCCGAUGGUGCGCGUAAAAACACAGUGGAAGCUCGGAGUUAACUCUCGAAAGUUGAGCUUCACAUUCCUCUCGAUUAACUCAUACUCAAGACAUCAUAGUGAGGCUUCGAUGAGGCUUCUCUCGCACACGGAGCGUGCGGGCGCAGCCAAAGCACGGCGGAAGGCAUGGGGCGUGUGCUGGAGGCGUUCGAAAGGCCUGCAGUUCACGCAAGAAUGUACGGCACGCCGGGUCAGCUGGAAUAAUGCAGUCCGCAGCUCAGACCUCGCGCUAGGUGAAAACGAAGCGCGCUUUUUCCCGCGCCUGGCAGUUGAAUCUAUGGACCAAUAAACAUCGUGGAAUGCAAGAAGUGGCUAUGUUGUAGGUUUGGUGCUGGAUGCUAACAUGUAUAUACGAAUAAAACGUGAGCAAACAA